AUGGGUUUUGCUCAGGUAUCUCUUGUGUUUCCUCCCACAGGCCAAUGGCAGGUGCUUGGGCCAUACAAGCCUGUAGAGGCCUUGGUGGGGGAGGACAUAGUAUUCUCCUGCUUCCUCUCUCCUGAGCCAAAUGCAGAGGCCAUGGAAGUGAUGUUCUUCAAGGAUCGAUUCUCUACUGUGGUCCAUCUGUAUAAGGAUGGAGAAGACCAGAAAUACAUGCAAGUGCCAGGCUAUCAAGGGAGAACUGUGCUGGUGAAGGACUUCAUGGCAGAUGGGCAUGUAUCUGUGGCAUUGAAGAACAUCACCCUUUCAGAUGCUAGCCUAUAUGGGUGCUGGUUUAACUCCCAGACCUAUAACAGAGAGGCUAUCUUGGAGCUGAAAGUGUCAGCACUGGGCUCAACUCCUGUGAUUUCUGUCAUGGGAUAUGGUGAUGGAGGCAUUCAACUACUCUGCCAGUCCUCAGGAUGGUUCCCCCAGCCUACAGUGAAAUGGAAAGGUCCAAAAGGACAAGUUUUAUCUUCGGGCUAUAAGGCAAAUUCAGACAGGAACAACCUAUUUAAUGUGGAAACCUCCUUUACAUUCCAAGAAAAUACUGGGAAUUUAUCAUGUUCCAUCCAGCUUGUUGAACACAGGCAAGUGGUGGAAUCCAGGGUGUGGGUAGGAGAGAUGUUUUUCAAGCCCUCAUCCUGGCACCUGCCUUCUAUUUUACUGGGAAUACUCUGCUUUGGUCUAUUUGUUGGUGUUACAGGGAUGAUAAUGGUAAAUCUCUCCGUAUCUAAAGGGAAAAUCUCAGCAGAACUGAAUUGGAGAAGGACACAUGAGACAGCAGAGUGGGGAGAAGCCCAGAAACAUGCAGUGGAGGUGACUCUGGAUCCAGACACGGCUCACCCACAGCUCUACAUUUCUGAUCUGAAAUCUGUAAUAUUUAAGGAAGCUCCUCAGGAUGUGUCCUACACAGAGAAGAGAUUUAAGAGAAAGUGUGUGGUGGCUUCUCAGAGUUUCAAGACAGGACAACAUUACUGGGAAGUAGAUGUAGGACACAAUGAAAGUUGGCGCUUGGGUGUAUGCCGGGAUGAUGUGCACAGGUGGGAGGAAGAUUUGGAUUUGUCUCCCAUAAGGGGGUACUGGGUUCUUCAACAGAGAGAAGAACAUGACUAUUUCAUGUUAGAUCUCCAUAGAAUUACCAUUAUUCCUGGAAUCCAUCCUACAAGAGUGGGUAUCUUCCUAGACUGUGAAUGUAGGAUCAUUUCUUUCUUCAGUGUAAAUGAUCAGUCCCUCAUUUAUACCAUGGAAUAUCCAUUAGAAGGCAUGUUGAGGCCCUACAUCCUGCCUCAAACCUAUAAAGAGAGUGAGCUGACUCCCAUAUUCAUCCCCUCUUUGUCUCAUGAAUGAUAGAGAAGUCCUUUCCUAAAUGCUCCAACCCCACUCAUAGAACAGAGACCUCCCAGAAGGUGAUCAUGCUCUUCUUCAGGAGUGAUUCUGAAAGGGAAUCACAGCUCACAA